AUGCCGCCGAGUCAGACUAUAAGUGCGUGGAUCGAAACGAACCUUUUUCAAGAUUUCGCCACCAUGCCGAGUGGCAGUGGCAAUGUCGAUAUUCCAUUAGGUAAACAAGGACAGAGUUCUGCUAUUAGAUCCGUCAAAAAACGACGAGACGCAUCAGUUCUUGAUCCAUCUGUGGAUGAAAACGUACAUUUACAACACGAAUCAAUGCCUGAUGAUAACCACUUACCGGCUAUAAAUAAAAUAAGGAAUAAGAAUUCUCCUCCAUUGAUGAACUCUAAAUUGCCAUCAAAUACCGAUGACGACGGAAAGAAGGAUGAUGAAACGAGGAGACGUGAGCAGAUAGACGACUUGGAAGAACAGACGGCUGCAGCUCAGGUGUUGCAGCUGCUUGGCCUUGGACAUGUUCCCGAAGAGAAAUCAUCAGAAUCGAUAGAAGACGUGAACAAGAGUGUUUCAGACGUGAGUGACGAGAGUGAUACCACGAUUGCCACAUUGGUUGGGGAUGUUGCAUCAGGGAUGCAUUCUACGCGUUCUUUCGCGAGAAGUCAGUCAACCGAGACGCCGAAAAGAGAGUUGGUGGACGGGUGUUGUGUAAUUGAACGAAUGGAAUCGAAGGACAAAAGAGCGGAGGAUGGUGAAUGCAAUAUAUGGAACGAUGUGGCAGUUUUUGGCUGUGACAGUGAAAAUGAUCAAUUGGACAAUGGUUUAAUGAAUAGAGUAGCAGAUGGAAUUACAACGAGAAAUAAAGAUGAGAAUGGGACAAUGAUAAGUAGGUAUGAAAUUGCCAAUGGUACUGAUUACAAGGACGAUGAUAAUGAGAACAAUUUAACUAGGUAUGACGGUACUCCUAUUAAUAAUAUUAGCAACAGUAGAUCGAACGGACGUUGCCAAAUGGAGACAGCUGGAUUACAGCCAAGUACGGAAUCAAUGUCACUAUUACAGGAUGCGAGCGCGAUACUUCUUGGUUGGAGUAAUAUGGACGCAGAUGGGCAAUACAGAAUGGAAACGGACAGACAGUCUAUUGCACCAGACGACGCGGCAACAAAUUUAUCUAGUAAGCAAUUCAUGAGGACGUGUAAAAGGACAAGAGAAGACAAUGAAGUUGUAAAUAAUGGAACUACUGAGAGAUAUGAUUCUAUCAACGGAGAGUCGUUCACCGGAAAUAUGUUUAUGGACGGAGUAGGUCCUGCCACAUCAAUCUUAUUUAAUGGAGCGAACGAAGGAUAUUCCGAGAUUCAGUAUAUUAACGAUUCAACGAGCUAUUUGAUAGCAUCGAACUCUGCGCAUGGCAUGUCGGGAAUGCAAAGGUCCCACGAACAAAUGGUAGAGUCUGUAAAUAUAUCACCGAGCAGUCCUCGUUUAUACAGGCGACGUAGGCAGUUGUCGAUGGACAAUCCGUCUGAAAUGAAUGAAUGUGAGAACGAGUCUACUGUAAUGGCCAUAAUAAACAGGGAUGGCAUUGAUGUCGUUCACGACAUUGACAACUUUAAUAACGCUAUUGGAGGGAAUAAACAGAAAAUGCAACAUAACGGAUAUGCGUGUCUGUAUCCCGGAUGUGGAAAGAGCUUUGCUCGCUUGUACAAUCUAAAGUCUCACCAGCGAACUCAUACGGAUGAACGACCGUUUAGGUGUGAUACGUGUAAUACAGCAUUUUCUCGUAAUCACGAUCUCAAGAGGCAUCAGAAAAUACACCAGAAUGCAAAGCCUUAUCUAUGUGUCGGAUGUGGGAAAUUGUUUUCAAGGUUAGAUGCACUGAAGAGGCAUAAGCAGAACCCGAAAAUUAAGGAUGAAUGCCGGAAUAGCGCAAUAGCAGAUGCUUGA